AUGACGGCUGCAAGUGUCAACAAUCUGCCCGACUACAUCGAUCCUCGGCUCGAGCCUGUCCCUACGAUCGGCGGACGAGAAUAUUGGAAAUCCAAGAAUAAUAGCCAUAAUGCUUGGAGCCACCAAGCAAAUAUUGUGGCAGAAAACCCAUUGUCAGACGUUCUCAAAGGUCGCAAAAUCAUAAUGAAAGAUAACAUGUCUGUUUAUGGUCUUCCCCAUACCUGUGGAACCUUCCCUCAAUUUGUUUCCAAGGACGGAAAGUACCCGAUCGCUUCGAUCGACGCAUCGAUAACAAGGAGAUUACUAGAGGCUGGAGCCACCAUAGCAGGGACAUCGACGUGCGAGAACUAUUCUCUGACGCCCAUGUCCUAUACUUCAGCCAACGGACCGGUCCACAACCCGUGGCUGCACGAUCAUAAUACUGGCGGGAGCACUAGUGGAGGAGCAUGUCUUCUUGCCCUAGGGAACGCUCGGGCUGCCGGAGUCCCUGGUCUGGACAAAGCUGGGGAAGAUGUUGACCUGGCAAUGGGCGGCGAUCAGGCAGGGAGCAUUCGCCUUCCGUCUUCGUAUUGCGGAGUCUAUGGCCUUAAACCCACCCAUGGCUUGGUCCCGUAUACAGGAAUUGCUGGACUUCAUCCAAUGAUCGACUACACGGGUCCAAUGGCGAGAAAAUUGGAAGAUAUAGCCACUCUACUCACAGUAGUUGCGGGCUAUGACGGCCUGGAUACGCGCAUGACGCCCGAAUCGCCACUCCGGGAACAUGUUGUUGACUAUGCGAAGCAACUAGCUGCUGCAGAGAACCCGGGCAAAGGCCUUAAAGUUGGUAUCAUCACAGAGUCAUUCAGUGCUCCAGGCACGCAAUCAGAAGUCGCAGAAACGGUGCGUUCCGCUGCUUUGAAACACUUUGGAGCCAGCGGUGCGACAGUAUCCGAGGUCUCGAUCCCGAUGCAUCUGCUCGGCCCUGCUAUCUGGACUGCAGCGACAAGGACACAUCUUGCCGGACUGGCCGUUGGCGGCCGAAUACCCGACGUGCUCAGCCAUAAUAUCCCGCACCUGUCCCUGAGAUGGCCUCCAGAUCAGGAAAUGUAUGAUCUGUUGACUGUGGCCAAUCCCGCCGUCAUAAAUAUAAUUUUCUGCGAGACGUUUUUAAAAGAAAAGUUUGGUCCGGAAGUUCAGGCUAAAGCUCAUCGCCAUGUGUUGCAGUUAAGAGCAGCUUACGAUAAGGCACUGGAAGACUUUGAUGUCCUUAUCACUCCUACCACACCAACGGUUGCUCCUCCACACCCUGAUCUGCGACCCGAGGCCGAGGGCGGCAGCAACGUUAUGGACAAAAUCAAACUGGCAGUUGGAUCAACCAAUAACACCUGCCCAUUCAAUUCCACCGGCCAUCCGGCCUUGAACGUGCCCUGCGGUUGGGCAUUUGCACGAACCGCGAGUGGGGUGCUCCCUGUCGGCAUGCAGGUGAUUGGCAAGAGAUGGGAUGAUCUUGGAGUGAUGAAGGCUGCGAAAGCAUUCGAAUUAGGAGGAGGUGGUCUGGGCUCCUGGCCUGGCCAAACGAAAGCAUAA